AUGGACCUACUGCGUAUUCUAGAUGCUAAGCCAGAGCCCUGUAUCGCCGAUACCGAUCAUUUCAAGGUAGAUCCCAAAUAUCAAUUUUCAAAUGUUUACAAGAUUGCAACGCCAAUGAGUGACUUCCAAAAGGAACUAAUCGAUCAAAUUGUCUCUCUACACUAUAGUGAUAUUUUAAGAUUUUUUGAGAAGUUGGAUUCCGAGUCAUGGGAUAACAUGUCAUCUAAUCGCAAAGAAAUCAUUACUUCCUCAUUGGAAACACUGCUGAUUAACACAAAGCUUGUGUGUUUGCACCCAUACUUACUCAUAGACCAUUUCUUUCCCAAAAGUUUGACUACAAGGGAUUUGCCUAACCGUUUGGCAGAAACAAGCGGAAAAUUCAGGAUUUUAAAUGAUCUCUUAACACAACUAGAUACAAUUUAUAACCCAGCAGAUAAAGCAGAUAAGUCAAAAAAGGGUAAACGAAUAGAUAUUGCUGUCAUAGUACAGCCUGGGAAAGCAAUGGAUUUAGUGGAUGCGUUGUGUAUUGGGCACAAAUGUAACUUGAACAGAUAUGCGGGAAUCAAAUUGAGAGAUUCAUCUGCAAACCAAAAGAAAAAUAUGCAUCUUAAUUUGAACGUGCAUCUGAUCCCCUCGGAUUUUGCAAAUAUAAACGAAAAAGAGCUAGCUACAAACUUGAAUAACUUUACGACAAAAAUGAAUUUUGUCAUAUUAUUUGAUCUAACUGUGAAUUUGAACGAUCAGUUUUUGUCAGGAAUAACAGAUGUCAAUAAGACCAAGUUCUUCAAAUUAGUGCCUAUCAACUCUGUUGAGCAUAUUGAACUUUAUUAUGAGCAACAGAUACAAUCACGGGCGAUAGACGAAUUUAUAAGACCUAUUACAGCUGCAAUAGUUGUUUUAAGAGAUAGAGUAGGACAAUUGCCGUCAAUCUUGAAACCUGCCUAUACAAAAAAUUUGUUGUUCUUGAAACAAUACUUAACAGAUCCAAUCAACACAAAAUGGCCAUUGCCAGAUUUACCAUCAAUUGGGAACUUCACGUCUAGAGAUGUUGAACGAUCUUUACUGACGGAAGUAAAGUUCAGUUUUGAUAAUGAAGAAAUUUUGAAAGAGGAGGAGGAAAAUCGCCCGAGUGUACAGGAUAGUUUGAAUACAAAUUUUGGGGGGAAAACUCAAAUGAUUGGACACAUUAUUCAGCCUAGAUUUGCAAAGAAAAAUGCAGCCUGUAAGAAUUAUUAUGAUAACAAGAGGCUAGAAAAAAAUUAUUUGAUGAACCCACUCAAUAAAGACUACGAAAAUUUGACUGGCAUAUCCAAAGAAGUGAAGCAACACGAAGUACUGACGCAUACUCUUAUUUAUCAUUUUGAUGCUAGUAUAAAGAAAUUGAUCGAUUUAGAUAAAGAAGUUCAGAGUUUCAAUGAAUUUGGCGAUAUUCGAUUGAAAGAUUUCCGACAAAUGGUCGAUGCAUUUACUAAGUUGGAAGAAAGUGUUAAAGAGAAGGAUAACAAGUUGAAUGACAUUGACAAAGAUAUUACCGAAUACGGUACCAAGUCCGAAAAUCUGAAAAAUGAUAUCCAAAGAUAUGAGGAAUUAAUUGAAUCCAUUGGUAGCUCUGAUACUAUUGAUUCAAACUCAAAAAAGUUGAUCUCUAAAGAUAUCGAGAAAUAUACGCUCUUGAGAGACAUAAGCAAGCUGGAGCAAAAAUUAGAAACUAGUACAAAUGAAAGUAAGUAUAUGGAGGAGGAAAUCGAAAGAGCAGAAAAAUCGAUAAAAGAAUCAAAAAAUGCUAUUGAGAAACAAAAUGCAAUUAACGAGGAUUUCAACGUUACAAUCGAAGAAAUAAAAAUGGAAGACACGGAAGUGACCCGUGAGAAACAAAAACUUGAUCUAUUGACGGAAAAAUUGAAGGCAUUGGAGGAUCAAUCGACCGAGGUGAAGCAAAAGAUGGAGGACUCAUUGAUCAGCCUGAAUGAGAUCGGGCAUCGGUCAAGACAUGUAAAUUAUUAUGGUCGUAACAGUGGAGCAUCGUUGAAAAAGCAUGCUCUUUCAUGA